AUGAGUGAGCUGGGUGCUCAGAAGACCAGCGACGGCACCAUUUCUCGGCUGCUCAAUGUCGUGGAAAGUGAGCUUCAGGCAGGGAGGGAAAAAGGCGAUCCCACGGAGAAGCAACUUCAGAUCACCCUGGAGGAUGCCCCUCUCUGGCAGAGAUUCAAGGAAGUCACUAAUGAAAUGAUCGUGACCAAGAAUGGCAGACGGAUGUUCCCUGUCCUAAAGAUUAGUGUCACAGGGCUGGACCCCAAUGCCAUGUACUCCCUCCUGCUGGACUUUGUCCCAACUGACAGUCACCGCUGGAAGUAUGUCAAUGGUGAAUGGGUGCCCGCGGGCAAGCCAGAGGUCUCCAGCCACAGCUGUGUCUACAUCCACCCCGACUCGCCCAACUUUGGGGCCCACUGGAUGAAGGCUCCCAUCUCCUUCAGCAAAGUGAAGUUGACCAACAAGCUCAACGGAGGUGGGCAGAUAAUGUUGAAUUCUCUGCAUAAAUAUGAACCCCAGGUUCACAUUGUGCGUGUUGGUGGUGCCCACCGAAUGGUCAUGAACUGCUCCUUCCCUGAAACCCAGUUCAUAGCCGUGACUGCCUAUCAGAAUGAGGAGAUAACAGCUCUCAAAAUCAAGUACAACCCUUUUGCCAAAGCCUUCUUGGACGCCAAGGAAAGAAGUUACCUAAAAGACGUUCCGGAAGCUGUCUCCGAGAGCCAGCAUGUGGCCUAUUCUCACUUGGGAGGCUGGAUCUUUUCCAAUCCAGAUGGAGUGUGUCCAGCAGGAAAUGCCAACUACCAGUAUGCUGCCCCUCUGCCUCUGCCUGCUCCCCACCCGCACCACAGCUGCGAGCACUACUCAGGCCUCCGAGGACACCGGCAGGCUCCCUACCCUUCUGCUUACAUGCACAGGAACCAUUCUCCCUCAGUGAAUUUGAUAGAAAGCUCAAGCAAUAAUCUGCAAGUUUUCUCGGGACCUGACAGCUGGACUUCCUUGUCCUCCACCCCCCAUGGCAGCAUCCUGUCUGUGCCCCAUACCAAUGGACCGGUCAAUCCAGGGCCUAGCCCCUAUCCGUGCCUGGUGACCAUCAGCAACGGUGGCGGGGGCCCGGUCGGGCCAGGUGCCGAGGUGCACGCCAGUACCCCGGGAGCGUUCCUCCUUGGAAGCCCAGCUGUGACCUCGACCCCCUCUGUGCUCUCUUCCCAAACCCCCACUUCGGCUGGCGUGGAGGUUCUCGGGGAGCCCUCGCUGACUAGCAUCGCCGUGUCCACCUGGACAGCAGUGGCCUCGCAUCCCUUCUCGGGCUGGGGUGGACCAGGUGGGGGUGGGCGCCAUUCUCCUUCCUUGGGCAGUUAGGCGGAAUCCUGGUAUCCUCCGUAGCCGAGACCCUUCUUUGUGUAGCACUUAGAAACCCCAUCUCCUGAUGUCCGUGGGUCAGCCUGCAGGGUCCUCCUUCCCAGGGUGCUGGAGGGAGGAGGGUGGGUUGUACCCCAAGUCCCACUGGAGAUGGUUUAGUUUGGAUGAUGCUAAUCACAUCACUUGCGUCUCUCCACCGUUUCCUUUUGCAGCUUAUCCUUGCCGUGCUUAGAUGCAGAAGCUCACUGAGUGCAUUCCUUUUGCCCUGCCCCUUACUCUCAAAUAGUUCUGGAAAGCCUCACUUCCUUUUCUGCCGAGGGAGUAGAAAGCUGUUAGGUGAGCUCAGAGUUUUCCUAGUUAAGGGCACUGCUCCCAAGUCAAGUUGUCCCAAGGUAUGCACAGGGAUUUGGUUCCAGGAAAGACUCCUGGAGGCACCCAAACCAGCUACACAAGUCCCACAGCUGGCCCUGUAUGUGGCAUAUGAAAAGUCAGCCUUCCAUAUACAUGGCUUCUGUACCACAAAGACUGUGUUUUCAAUCUGUGUUUGGCUGAGAAAAACCCACAUGUAAGUGGACGCUCACAGUGCAAAUCUGGGUUGUUCAAAGGUCAACUGUGUAUGUGGCCACAGGGCCCAGGUUGGUUUCUGCUCUGAGAUCAAGGGAGGAUGUGAGUUCAUAAGGUAAGGUUAACCAAAAGGAUCAAGGUAAUUACAUAUUAUAAUAUGUAUCAACUCACAUAAUUGAGGAAAUAAGGUCGGGUCACUCCCUUGCUCAGAAACCUUCAAUGGAUCACCAGUGCCUAUAGAAUGAAGUCACAUCUCCUCCACCAUCUGGCCUCAACCCCCUUCCUCUGCUUUAGCUCUUUCUGUUACUCUUUUGGCAUCCCAGGUUUUGGUCAAGUCGGCCCCCUCUGUUCUCUGAACACUCAUUGCACGUCCCCAGCCUAACCUCACCUGAAGUGUCCUUCUCUCUCUAGUUCCACUGUGUGAACCUUCCCCACCUCCCGGGGCCAGGCUGAGAUGCUGUUGCCUGCAGUAAGCAUCUGGUUGGCCGAGGUCUACCUGGCUUUUCCCUGCUCCCUCUCUGGCUCUGUGUUCACCUCCACCACAGGGCCCCACUUCUGCCUUGUAUUUUUAUUACCUGUGAGUGUGUCUCUCUCCCACUAGACUGUAAGCUGCCUGAGGGUGGAGCCUAGCCUUCUUUCCUCUGUACCCCACAGCUCCUGGUACUGUGCCUUGCCUGUCAUCAG